UUUAAGGCCUUGUUUUGUGCCUUCCCAUUCUCACUUUGCUUUUUGUUUUCCAUUUUAUCAUCUCUUUGCUAAGCGCACAGAAAAGAAAAGAAAAAACAUACAGAGAUUUAGAGAUAGAAUAGAUAUAUUUUUAGAUAGAUUUCUAGAUUUUAGGGAUAAAGAGAAAUGAGAACGAGGAGAGGGAUUUGUUACCCUAGAGACGAUGCUUGUAUUGAUGAGUCUGUAGCUAAACGAAGAGACUUUGAUCGAGACUUUGAUCGGUGUAACAUGGGUUGCCGUAAACGGCAGAGAUUCUCGCCGGUGGUUGCCGGGAAGAGUGAUAUGUUUGAUGUUUUACCCGAUGAUCUUGUCAUUUCUAUACUCUCCAAGCUCAGCUCUUCCGCUUCUUGCCCUUCCGAUUUCAUCAACGUGUUGAUUGUAUGCAAGAGGUUACAUAGCUUUGCACUUCAACCUUUGGUAUUAUCGAAGGCCUCUCCGAAAUUGUUCGCCGUUAAAGCUGAAAAAUGGUCGGAGUCUGCUCACAGGUUCUUGAAGUCUUGCGCCGAUGCUGGAAAUGUUGAAGCUUGUUACACACUCGGCAUGAUUCGUUUCUAUUGUUUGCAAAACCGGGGGAGUGGAGCUUCUUUUAUGGCAAAGGCAGCGAUUAGUUCCCACGCGCCGGCGCUUUACUCCUUAGCUGUUAUACAGUUUAACGGAAGCGGCGGCUCUAAGAACGAUAAAGAUCUUAGAGCCGGUGUUGCUUUGUGCGCGCGAGCUGCUUUUCUCGGGCACGUCGACGCUUUGCGUGAACUCGGUCACUGCCUACAAGACGGUUACGGCGUCCGACAAAACAUAACCGAGGGCCGUCGUUUUCUCGUCCAAGCCAACGCCCGAGAGCUUGUUGCGGGUUUAUCUUCAGCAUCCGUUUCUAACAUCGGUACGCGCUCUUGGCUCACGUGGACCCCACACCCGAUCCCGCAUCCCAACAACCGUCAUCCGACCGUUCCCGGAUGCCCGUUGUUGAGUGAUUUUGGAUGCAAUGUACCUGCGCCGGUAGCGCAUCCGGCGAACCAGUUUUUAACGGAGUGGUUCGGUUCCAGAGACGGAUUUCCCGGUCCGGGUUUGAGGCUAUGCUCGCACGUCGGUUGCGGGAGACCGGAGACAAGAAAACACGAGUUUAGACGGUGUUCGGUUUGUGGUGCUGUUAAUUACUGUUCACGCGCUUGCCAGGCUCUUGAUUGGAAGCUACGACACAAAGCCGAGUGCUCUCCGGUUGAACGGUGGCUGGAUGAAGAAGACGUCGGUGGCGAGGGAAUGGAAGAAGCCAUUGCCGAAAGCUAAAUACGGUAACGGCGAUAUUAACGGCCAUGGUAACGUUUCAGUUCAAGUCCGUAAAAAAAGCAAAGUGAAAAAUGAAAAUGUGAAAAGAAAAAACAAAGGGGGCAGCUUUUCUUUAUUUCCUUCUUCUCUUUUUGGAUAAAUUCCCUUUAAUUAUCUCAAGGCCUAAGCGUAUAGACA